AUGUCACUACCAUCGCGAUGGCCAUCUUCAUAUCCUACCUGCAGCACCUUCACACCAAACCCCUAUCAUUCGACGCCCAAGCAACGACCUAAAGUCAAAAAGCAUCGAUAUCAAACGCAUGGUUACGGCUACCAAGCGCGUGGCCAUCAAUCGCAUGGCAGAACCGGCAGCUGGGAGAAGUUGAAGGUCAAAGCGGUGACUUCUAUAGGCUCGGAUCUCAAGAGAAGUAUUUCUACUGGUGUCGCGCCCGUCAUCACGGAGGGAAAGGACAGUGUGAAGAAUCUGGUGGGUAAGGUGGAGAGAGCCGGUGGGAGUAUGACUAGGAAAUUCAGCGCGAGCUUGAAGGACAAGUUGAAAGCUUUCGGCAAGAAAAAGGAGGGCAUGAGUGUUGAAGGGACUUAUGCAGUUCAAGCACUAUACACCAAGCUGCGCACCUUCAGCACGCACCAUGUGCAUCCUUCACUCUCUUCCCAUCCCGUUUCAGCGAUAUACCCUUGGCCCCUCGACGCCAUCCUCCUCCCCAAGCGCAAGCCCAACGAAACCCCCUUAGACAAAAUAUACGUAAUGUACCACUACCUAAUCCGCGGCGACUACGAAGUCCUCCGCAACGAAGUGCAAGACUUCUUCGACCACACAAACUGGCACGUCCACUCCAUCCCCGAUCCGCGCGACCACGAUCCAGAGCGCUACGCCAUACUCGCGGCUAUAACGCAAUACCUUGCGCAUGGCAUCAAUCGUCGUAUUAAGAUCAGCCAUGGGUGUCGGAAGGAGCCCUUGGGGCCAUGGAAGACAGCGGCGUACGACGCCUGCUACAAUGGCAGGGGCGGCCUACCAAUUUUUGAAAAGCUGGAGAGGGAGCCGAAAUGGGCGGGGAGGGUUAAGAGGAGAGAACGAGUAUGA